GUUGAAUCCAAUCCAAAAUAUCAGACUGUCGAUGGGGUGAAAAUUCAGACGACUUCUUUUUCGAAUUGUCCCCUUUGAGUUGCGAACAACAAAUUGAUGACUCAACCAUCGUUGGACUGUAGACUUUGCAGAGGGUAAACACAGCUCAGCACUGGUUACGGGAGAGAAAGCACCAAAAAGCCACCGCUACAGGACUCGCUAGCUCUAUUCAGGCCACCGGGGCCACAUUAAAAUCCAUAACCCAGGUCGAUUACUGUUAUAACAGGGUGACUGGCUCCUCAACAAGACCUCCACAGAAGUCAGAGUAUAGGGACUGAUCGGAGGUGCUCAAAGCCCUCUGGCUCGUGGCUUUCACAAUGAAGACGCUCUCUGUCCUUGGCCGUGGGACUCUUGGCGUGUUGGGAAAUGGUAUACGUCAAAGCGGUCCAGGACACACGGCUCGGCACUCCUUCUUGGCCAAAGGCAGAACAUCGGCAGUAUACCUGCUGAGAAGGGGCGAUUGUGCAUCGCUGCAAUUCUCGACCACGUGUCCCCGGAGUGCGCGGAAGUUCGACAGUCGCAAGGAGUUUUGGUGGCCUCUGGAUCUCGGGGAGUAUUUACUCUCCCCCGAGGAGCUUGCCGCGAGGCGUGAUCCCAUAGGCGCAAACAAUGCUAAAGAAGCCGAGGAAGAUGACCAAGGGGCACCCGAUAGGUCUUCAUUUGCGUUUGCUUUUGAUAUAGAUGGCGUGCUCCUCCAUCAAUCCGACCCUCUUCCUGGAGCAAUAGAAACUUUGAAAUUUCUACAUGAAAACAAAAUCCCCUUUAUAUUGCUCACCAACGGCGGGGGCAAGCACGAGCGUGACCGGGUCAGCGAAUUGAGCGAAAAGCUGCAAGUGCCCCUGAGCAUGGACAACUUUGUCCAGUCGCACACGCCCUUCAAUGAUAUGCAGCAUCUCAAGAGGAAGAACAUCCUGGUGACCGGGUCCGACGCCGCCAAGGCCCGCGAGAUUGCUUGGUCCUACGGCUUCGACAAGGUCAUCAUCCCGGCCGACAUCCUCAUGGCCGACCCAAGCAUCUGGCCCUUUGACCCGCUGCUCGAGAGCGUCUACGCCUCGACCGCGCGCCCGCUGCACAAGCCCAUCUACAAAGGGAACCCGUACUCGGAAACGUGGGACCCUAAAAUGUUGAAGAAAAACCUCCGGAUCCACGGCAUCCUCGUCUUCAACGACCCGCGCGACUGGGCGCUUGACUUACAGAUCAUCACGGACCUCUUGCUCUCGCACCAAGGAGUGCUGGGCACCUAUAGCAACAUCAACGGCUUGAACGGCGUGUGGCAGCAGGACGGCCAGCCGGAGAUCUGCUUCAGCAACUCGGACCUGCUCUGGGCGAGCAAGCACCCGAUGCCGAGGCUGGGCCAGGGUGCGUUCCAGGCCGCCGUCGGGGGCGUCUUCAAGGCCAUCAAGGACCAGCUCGGCACCAAAGGUCCGCGACAGGAGCUAUCCCGCGCCAGCCUCGUGGCCACCCGCCUCGGCAAGCCCAUGAUCGGGACGUACAAGUUCGCGGAGCGCGUGCUGAUGGAGCACCGCGCGAGGCUUUUGGGCCCUAGGCAGGCCGACAGCAGGCCGCUCAAGUCCGUGUACAUGAUCGGUGACAACCCGGACAGCGACAUUGCGGGGGCGAAGAACUACACCUACCACCAGAAGAAGACCGGCAAGGCCGGUGCGACAUGGUUCGGCGUUUUGGUCGAGACGGGCGUCUUCAAAUCGCUCGUCAAGGCCCCCAUGCGGCACAAACCCGCCAUCAUCGUCAAAGACGUGUUUAGGGCCGUCAGGUGGGCGCUCGUCCGGGAGAAGUGGCAGGGUCCGUUCCCGACGUGGGCUGGGGCCGAGCCGGAGUUGCCCCGCGUUCGCAAGCGCAGGACGAAGCAAGAAGCUGAAGAGGCGGAAAAUCCGAUUCAAAACGAUAGGGAGAAUGUGGCGAAGGAAGAGUUGCCUGAGGGUGAUGAGAAUGUGGUGGAGCGAAAGCUUGUUGAUGAUGUCAAGAAAGUCGUGGAAGAGGGAGAGGCGACCAAAGAAGGGAAGUAACGGUAAUAUUGGUCACCUGGAGUGUCAGCUGUAGGAUAGUGGUU